AUGGCGGGCUUGUACCUCAACAGCGUCGGUGGCUGCAAGUCGCUCUACUGCCUUGAGGAGGCAAAAUGCUGCCGCAUCGCAGACGAGCACACCUGCAAUAAGGUCGACAUCCUGCUGUCGUUUAACACUCGAGGCUGGGCUAGCUGCCCUUCCAACCAGUACAUGGGUUUGGAUGAGGUUCUCCAUAACCUCGUUAGGUCCGGCCUCUGGCGAAACUCGCGAACCGAUUCGGAUCCCAUCUCGUUGAUUGAGACUGUCGAUUGCUGCGGCGCAAAGGACGGCUCCGGUUCGAUGAGCAACUCUCUCGAGGUUCUCGAGGUGGAUAUCCUUUGGCCGCGUUGGGUAGCGAGGAUUGGUGUAACCCGAGCCACGGAGGCGUGUUUUCUGGCGGCCGACCGUCAUGACUUCCCGAUUGCCUACUGGGAUUACAACACAGCGUGCUGCAAGGAGUCCAGCUGGUCCGGUGGCAAGUGUGCCGGAAACCGCGGUACGGAGGGCAGCGAUUUCGUGUGGUGCGACAGUGCCUUCAAGGAUCGGGUGCCUUUCCCUGGAUGCCGGAAUAACGACGAGAAUUGGGCCGUCUGUCCGGGCGACAAGGUGCUGACGGGCAUCUACCGUGGCGGCGGAGGCGAACCGACGCAUGGCGUCCUGAAGAUAACGGUUGUGUCGGGCAGGGACGUGCGCGGCAAAGGCGGCAAUGAGGAGGGGACGGGCGAUCGCGACGGCUUGGAGACGGAUCCCUACGUGAAGGUGUCUGUCAACGGGGGUUUACCCCGGCAGACGGACCACAAAGAUAAUACGGAUCAGCCCGUUUGGAACAAGGACAUGGACUUCGGGGCACAGCCGAUCGGAGCGACGAAGGUCAAGGUCGAAUUGUGGGACAGGGAUCCCGCUGGCAACCCGGAUGACCACAUGGGCACGAAAGAGUUCUCAGUUUACCACACGGGCACGAAAGAGCUCGAACAGUUUGUCUCUUCGGAAGAUGGGGAAGGCCACAUAAAGCUGCGAGUGACCUUCGAUCCCCAGGAUCCUGGCGCGGGUCUCGACGACAUUGAGAUGCUGCGGUGCUGCGAUUACGACCCGACGGCUCCGCCCAGUGUGGAGGUUGUCGACUGCUACGAGCCGAAGCAACAGUCGUUCGACGGCGGCGGAACGAAGCUCACUUGGCUCACUGCGGCCGACGCUCCUCUCCCUCCCGACCGCCGUGGCUGCCUUGAGAAGAAUUCGAACCCGCAAUGCAGAGACUUCGAAGCCUACGGCUAUGAAUGCAAUGCCGUGCCAGCAUGGCGCGUCAUGCAGUGCGUGCGAUGA